AUGGCCUCAUCGUUGCGGUCAAAGCACAAGGUCAGUACUAUAUCUGGUCAAAACAAGCGAGCUUGUGUGGUAGGCGUCAGUCUUGACGGUGUGCAAAAGCCAGAUGAUGAAGAGAAAGGCGAAGAAGGAGAAAAGAAGCGAAAACGAACGUUCCAGCCACAGACCGCAGUCCGCAUCAAUCCCAGGAGCAGUGGAACCUGCAUGGGGCUCUUAACGAUAGCCGACGAAGAUUACGUUAACGAUAGCCCCCUUAUAGCAGAAUUGCGCCCUUUUACUUUUGAGGGCAAAUUGCUUACUGACGAUAUAUCGGAUAUAUAUAAGAUGGAGGAUGACGAUAUAGAUAUAAGAAUUAAAGUUAAAGUAGGAUUGCUGCGAAUACUUCGCUACGAGAAGAAGGAGGCGAAGAAGGAUGAGAAAGUUAUUCCUUUUUUAGUUAUUAUUGUUUGUAGUUGUUUCAACGUUUAA